CCUGCUCACGAUCGUGGGCACAUUCUCUCUCUCCCUCUCUCUCUCUCUACCUACUUUGGCCUCUUAUUCACAUAUAAGUAAAAUUUCAUUGCUCCUCCCCACCGUCUGCCCCUCCUCCUUUGUUUGUUCCCAGUUUCAUCCCUUCCCUGCUCAUCCCUGAAAUGAUUUCGGCAUUACUAUCGUUUUGAUGGCAAAUCCAAGGGAGUGGAGAACGCAGAGAUAGCGAACCGCAUAUAUAGAAAGCCGGAUAACCGCUCCAUUACAUUAAGACAUAACCCUUUCUCUCUUUCUCUCAUCUUCUUCACGCUUUGUCUCCUGUCGGUUUCGAGCAUGGCAGCACCUCCCCGGCCAUUCCUAAUGGGCGGGGGCAGCGGAAGCAGCGGGGGAAAUCCCAGCGUGCCUUACCCUGCGGCGGACACAACCUUCACGAAGAUCUUCGUUGGCGGGCUCGCGUGGGAGACCCAGAGGGAGACCAUGCGGCGAUACUUCGAGCAGUUCGGAGAGAUUCUUGAGGCCGUCGUCAUCACUGAUAAGCACACGGGCCGUUCAAAAGGCUACGGCUUUGUGACGUUUACUGAUCCGAAUGCGGCGAUUCGUGCUUGCCAGGAUCCGUCGCCGGUGAUUGACGGGAGACGGGCAAACUGCAACCUUGCGUCUCUUGGCGCAACCCAUCGGCCUCGGCCACCGGCCAAUCAAUUUGGAACAGGCCGUUUUUGGCCUCCGGCUAGUCAGCCCAUGGCUUCCUCUGCCUAUCGCGGAUCUUCUCUUGCCCCCGUCGCCACCGGCGCCGCUUACUUUCAUCAACCAUCUCACUAUGCCAUGCCUUAUUCCCUCUACGGUUACACCGGCGCAUACUCACAAGACAGCGUGUACCCCUUGAACUAUUAUGGGUUAACCGGAGGUCAAUACCACCACUUCUCUCCUUACUAUCCGACGACGUCGCCGGGUGUUUUUCCAAGCUUCUAUCCUUACUACCCGCAGUACUCUUACUCUAGUCAAGCGCAAGGGGCUUUUGGCCUGCAUUACCCCCAAAUGCUUCAAUACCCUUAUAUUCCUCCUCAACUCGGCUCUGCUUCUGCUAUUCUUCCCUUGCCGGCCACCAUUGCUGCCCCAAACACAGUAGGUGUGGCGUCCAGCUCUUCACAGCCAUCAGUGAACAUCCAGGAGCAGAGGUCAACAGCCUGAUUUCAUCUCCCUCAUUCCAUUUACUAACAAUGUUCAAAUAAAAAGCCUUGAAUCUAAAGGUGAAGGAAGUAUUGGUCUUUCCUUCUCCUUCUUCUUCUUCUUCUCUCUGUUAAUUAAAGAGAAGGCAACUAACUCAUAACCAUUCCAUUGAACAAGCAAGAUUGGACUUGCUUGCAUGCUUGACUAAUACCAUUUAUGGUCCAUAGCAUCCCUCACAACCACCUCCACCAUUUCCAUUCAUUCUUGCAUUGCUUAUUGAUCCAUUUCUGCUUAUUUCCAUUUUUUAUCUCUGCAUAUGAAAAUUUAGAUUUUUAAACCUUAUUGGUUCAUUAUGGUAAUUUCCUAUUAGAUUUGUUCAUGCAUUCACUUGUGCGCAGUAGUUCUACAGUUCUACCCACAUAUAGGCUUCGGCUUUUUUUUAUUGUUUUUAAAAGCAAUUUUUUAAUACAAAUUAAAAAACUGUUUUAAAAAGCACUGAGAAAGCCGUCUCAAAGGAAAUCAUAAACUAUCUACUUAGUUAUGAUCAGGGUACAUGACACCCAACUAUGAGCUUCAUUGGGUCCCAAUGGCGCUUCUGCUCGGCGAAGAAGACGGUUUUUUGUCUUGACACCGGCAUUUAUGAAGACACAGACAGCAGCAGCUGAGGGAUAUGGUUUCUCCUGAUGGAUUCAACUCUGUAAUAAUAAUUUCAUCUUCCAUUUAACCUUCAUUUUUCUUUCUGAAUAUUAAUCA